UUGAAAGUGUAGCAGCACCACAGCAAAAGGGCAGUUCUCACUUCCACCUGUCUCUUAUGGUCAGACAACGGAUUCUCACAAAUACACUGUGUAGUGGAGUUCUGUGUUCUGAGCCUCAGCGAUUACAGGCUGAUCCAAGGCAACCAUGAAUACCUCUGAGGUCUUCUACAGCAGUGACUCCCACCAGGAGAACAUUGUCUUUUCUGUCUUUUACAUCCUGGUUUUCGUCGUCGCCGUGCCCGGGAACGCUUUGGCACUGUGGGCCUUCUUUGGACAGGAGAACGCGUCCACAGCGAGGAUCUUCCUGAGGCACCUUUCAGUCGCAGACAUGUCUUACAUCCUCAUUUUACCCAUGAGGAUAGUUUACCACCUGUCAGACAACCACUGGCCUUUUGGACACGUCCUCUGUGAACUGUCGGGCUUCCUCUUCUACCUGAACAUGUACAGCAGCCUCUACCUGAUGAGCCUGAUCAGCCUUGACAGAUGUCUAGCCGUGGUUUUACCGUUAAAGUCGCGGUCAGUCAGGAAGGCUAAAUAUGCAAGGAUAGCCGUUGGGGUUCUCUGGGUGCUGGUUAUUGUUUCUAUGAGUCCAACACUUUUCUCUAUCACGAAGUUGACCAACUCGCCCGGCACCUGCAGCAAGCUCUACUUAGAAAAGACGACUCCCAAGGCUUUGGUUUCAACCAUUGUGGCGUUUGCUAUUCCCCUCACCACUGUGGUGGUUUCCUAUGUACUGAUUCUGCUGAAACUGAGAACAGUGACACAACGUCCUGUGAAAGACAAGGCGAUAAAAAUGAUCAUACUCAUUGUGACCAACUUCCUUCUUGCGUUUGUGCCAUAUCAUGUGAGCCGCGUGAUGUACAUCGUGACUCCGGCAGCAGGCCGCAUGUCACUGGGAAAAGCCAAUCGGAUCACAUCAGCCCUCACCUGUGUCAGUGGCGUGCUGGACCCCGUCAUGUACUUCUUCCUGAACCAAGCCUACAGAGACCAGCUGCUCCGGCUGUUCUGUAAAAAGAGAAGAGAAGACCAACAUACGUAGACAAUAACUAUUUUCAAAUUGUCCUAGUUGGGUUAAUAUUUAGUGGAAGCUUUCACUGUUGGUUAACUCGUUAAUUUGACCUCUACAACAAAGUAUUUAUCGGUGCACAAUUCAUUAUUCUAGGGCUGAGCAAUGUGGCUAAAGAUUAUAUUAAGGUAAAAGUGUUCACAGCAGGCGAUAUUAGUAAUUAUCAGGAUAAAUGUGACAUUAUUAUUGUUUCUUCUCAAUUGACAUUUGAUAAAUAACAAUCAAUCAUCAAGGUAUCAGUUCUGUUUAUACCGCCUCACUGUGUUGGCAACAUGCAUAAGCAGUAUAAUCAGUUUAUAUUGAACUUUUGUUAAAUUACCAUUGAUGAUAAUUAUAUUGUGAUAAUUAUUGAUCUUGUUUUAUC